AAAGAAUGUGAAGAAUAUGUAAAAGGAUGUCCUGGAGCUUUGUAUAAAUCAUUUUAUACAAGGAUCGAGGCACAAGAUUUUAUAGAUCAACAAAAUAUUGAAGUUAAAGAUAAGUUAAAUGUUUGGACUGAUGGAUUCUGUAAAAGAAAUAGAUUAUCAGAUGCUGUUGGAGGUUCAAAAAACCCGGCUAUUGAAUUGACUUUACCAGAACAAUCAGUUAUUGAUAAAAAGUCAAAAAAGAAGCAAAGUGCAAAUUUCACGUGGUUCAGAGAGAAUGAAAAAACAAAUUUUCAAAGACCAAUCAUGUUUCCUGAUGAUGAAGGCCAUAUAACCGAAUAUAUUCAAAUCAAAUUGA